GCAGCGCUGCAGUUCUAUUGGCUGAGAGGGACGCUGAGAGCGGCGGGGACCAGACCGGAGCAGGAGAUCCGCCAACCGCUGAUUUACAGCAAAACCUGGAAAUAAAAAGCCGAAUUACAGCCAAAGGCCUUUCUUGCCAUGGAAGCACUAGUUGAUCGACUGGAACAGGCUGUGAUUCGCCUGGAGACAGUUUCAGCCAAGCUUCAGGAUUGUUCUCCAAGCCUGGCCAACGGUGACAUCAAUGGACUCAGUGGUGAGCCCCAAUGCGUGAAUGCAUUUGAUCAUUUACUAAGAGGCCCUCUGUGUGAAUACUUGAAGAACAGCCGGGCUGUUGGAGGAGAUGUGGCAAAGCAUGCUGAGAUGGUACAAAAUGCCCUGCAGUUGCAACGGACCUUCCUAAAAAUGGCCUCCUCGCACCAGGAGCCUGCACAGACAGAGCUGACGGACCUCCUCAGGCCCAUCUCGGAUCAGAUUGAGGAGAUCCAGAGCUUCCGAGAGAAGAACCGCGGCAGCCAGCUGUUUAACCAUCUGUCUGCCGUCAGUGAAGGCAUUCCUGCACUGGGCUGGGUGGCAGUGAGUCAGAAGCCAGGGCCCUAUGUUAAGGAGAUGAAUGAUGCUGCUAUGUUCUACACCAACAGAGUUCUGAAGGACUACAAAGACUCCGACCCUUGCCAUGCUGAGUGGGUGCGUUCAUACCUGAGUAUCUGGACUGAACUGCAGGCCUAUAUCAAACAGCACCACACCACUGGACUGGUGUGGAGCAAGACUGGUCCUGUAGCUCCCUCAUCCCUGUUCAUGGCUGCACCUGCUGGUCCCUGUCCUCCUCCUCCUCCACCGCCACCACCACCUGUAUUCACAGACGAAAGCCCUAAACCUGACACAAGUGCAGCUCAGCGCUCUGCUCUGUUCGCCCAGCUCAACCAAGGAGAGGCCAUAACUAAAGGAUUAAAGCGUGUGUCUGAUGAGCAGAAGACCCAUAAGAACCCUGUUCUACGCUCUCAGGGUGGAGAACAUCAAACCUCUCCAUCAAAAGGCAGAGCACCCUGCUCCUCCGCUCACACACCAGCCAAGAAACAUGCUCCCGUACUGGAGCUGGAGGGGAAGAAGUGGAGGGUGGAGCACCAGGAGCAGACUCAUGACCUGGUGAUAGAGGAAACUGAGCUCAGACAGGUGGUGUAUGUCUUUAGUUGCAACAACUCCACACUUCACAUCAAAGGCAAAGUGAACUCGAUCAUAGUGGAUAACUGCAGGAAGCUUGGACUUGUGUUUGAUAAUGUGGUCGGCAUUCUUGAGGUCAUCAACUCCAGGGACAUUCAGCUCCAGGUGCUGGGAAAAGUGCCCACCAUUUCAAUCAAUAAGACAGAGGGAUGUCACGUUUACCUGAGUAAGGAGGCUCUCAACUGUGAGAUUAUCAGUGCCAAGAGUUCUGAAAUGAACAUCCUGGUUCCUCAGGGAGAUGACGACUAUAGAGAAUUUCCAGUCCCAGAACAGUUUAAGACAGUUUGGGAUGGGUCCAAGCUGGUGACAGAGCCAACGGAGAUUGCUGGCUGAUUGACAGAUUCAUUGUGCUUUCCAUGUCAUCUGUACUGGUAGCCCCCCAAUCAAGUAGUACUCCACUAUCAGCGCUGGUCUUGGAGAAAUAAUUAGUCCCAGUCCUAAAUUAUACACUCCAUUAGGGUUCUCCAUUGAAAAUCCCUUAUCUACUGUAAGACUAGGGUUAAUCUGUGUUAUACUACCAAGACGCAAAAAGGGGGUCAGAAUAGUCACAUAAAACACUAUAAUUUAGAGGAUUGGAAGCAGAUUUUAAGUGAAAGCCUUUUUUUCUACAGCUGUCAAAUUACAUUUUGGGUUCUAGAUUAAAUUCUGAUAUCUCGUUAUUUCAGUGAAUCAGCCCAACAGCCAAAAUCCAUCAAAUUUAAAAAUAUUAAAGAAAUUGAUUUUGCUCCACAGCACUUUUCAGAGUUAUUUUGAAUGUCAUCUUUCAGACCUAUGCAUUUUGUGUAUGGCAGUUACCUGCCUUUGUGUUUACAAAAGCAUUUUCUUUUCAGUCCUGUUUUCUGUUGAAAUAAUGUUUUGUUUUAAGAUGUUUUGAAGAUUUCAGUGGCAACUUUGUGCUUUUAGAACUAGUUAAUUAGACAUAGGCUGAGCUCAGUCCUAUGUGGAUAAUCCAGCACUACUUUGUCUGGGUGUGUGAAUUUGGCUCUUCAUUAUCAAGUAAAUACGUGCCUCAAGUUUUUUUUUUUUAAUUACCUUUUUUCUAAUUUCACACAUUUCAUGUAAUGUAAAAUGUGUCUUUUUAUUGUUUUGAUAUUCCUUCACCCAGUAUGGUGAUUGUAGUUGCACAGGCAUACAAUUCACAAUACAAACACAGUGUCAACCAGUGCCAUCUAGGUCGUACACUGAUUUCUUAUUUUGCAUGAACACAAAUUUUACAAAGAUAACAACCAUAUCGUAACCAAUACAGUGGUAAUUAUAGUGUAGUUAAAAACUUAGUAAAAUUCAGUCGCUCAGCAAGUUCGCUACAGUUGUUCUUGAUGAUGUCCACUACAUUGUAACCAAUCAGGCUUGCUUUAAAAGUACAGUAUUUAAAGUUUAGUUAGGAUGUACAAAUAGUUUACUAAAGUGUCAUAUCUGUUGUGAACAAUAAGGGAAGUCACAAACUUGACAUUGAUCAUAAGAGAUUCUGAUGUUUAUACAGCACAUUUUUAUGUGAUGUGUAUGUAAAAUGUAAGGUCAGUUUAGAAAAUCCUAAUCAGUACAGAAUUUAAAGUCAACAUUUGAGAACUUUUUUUGUUUUUGUUUUGUUUUUUGUUGUUGCAUAGGCAAGGCCAGCUUGGAUUGUCUUGUUCCACACAUUUCUGUAUGGUCAUUAUUUGUCCAGGGACUUGUUAAUACCCAUUUUGUUCACACUGUAAGCCUGUUUAUAUGUAUAUGCUUUGCAUUGGUAGAGCAACAUCAGAAAAGUACAUAGACGCACAUAAAAUAUGGAAGUUAUGUUCAAAAAUCAAUGUGGGAUUUUAGAUGUUCACCUUUAUAGCCUUCUUUGAGAUGUGGAUUACUAAACUUGUGGAAUCUUGGCUUUUAAAAGAAAAAUGUACAUAUCUUCAUCUGACACUAGCUCAACACUGUAGCACAGAAAUACCAAUUAAGCUAAAAUAUAUUUAAUUACGACAGUGUUUUAAUCACAACUCUUAAAAGUUCACUCAGCAGAAGAAUUAAGUAUAUUUUCACAUUAGUUCUACAAAUAAAGCUUUAAUAAACCUCAAAAA